AUGGAUCUCAAUACGAGGAUCCAUGUCACCGGCUAUUUCCUUCCGUGGCACAGAUGGUAUGUCGCUGUCUACGAACAGGCGCUUAAAGAAUCGUGCAGAUACACCGACUCUGCCGAUGUAUUUGACUCAGAUUUCUUCAAAGGAUCUGGCCCCGCCAGUGGGAUUGGCGGAUGGAGUGAACCAAGCAAGGACUUCAGUGUCACGGGUGGCGUAUUUAGCGACUCCAUGAUUGCGUAUCCAAACUCGCACAUUUUACGACGCAUUUUCUCGUUACAGCCUUGGAAAGACCUCAACGGAUUCAAUCGAUAUCCCCUCGAAUACGCAAAUGCAACUUUCAUGCCCGAUGCCAUGAGAGCAUUGGUAGAUGGACACGUCGAAGAUUUCGUCGGUUUUCAGGCGGACUUCGAGAAGACGCAGGGAGCACAUGGUACUUCAUUUUUACUAUUUGGAGAUCUGCGAAAAGAUCGAAAUGAGCUGCUUUUCUGGAUGCACCAUGCAAUGGUGGAUAAGGUAUGGUCAGAUUGGAAAAAUGCGAACUCGGAGAACUUCUGGGCGUUCUUUGGUGGUACUGUGCAAGGCACAAAGAAUGUUACCUAUUAUGAUCAGUAUCCGAAUGGCGCACCUCCUUUCUUAUCGCUUAAUGACACGAUGCUGGCGGACGGUAUGUUCAAUGAAACAACAAUUUACAACGUCAUGAAUACGACAGGGGGAUUUAUGUGCUAUAUGUAUGAGUGA